GGUUGUAUGUGGUUAAGAAACUAAUGUGUUAUCGCAGAGCAGCCAGGACCAGAAAUGCUGCCCAAGUGUGACCAGUUAUAAAUUAGUCAGAAUCUGGCAGCAGGGCAAUAAACAGGGAAGAAAAAGCUGCAGUCAAAUGCAUCUGGCAGCUCCUGGAAUGAGGCUGGUAAGUAGAGUUCUUCAAGGAACAAGCAGGGACAUUUUCAAUAGUCUCCCGGAACGCAGACUUUGUCCAGGAUCAACAGAAUGGGCGUUGCCUGCCAGCAAAAAGAAUGUGUCCUCCUCCUGCAGGGCUUCCUCUCUCCCCUCGAGGCCCCCUGGAGAUCGCAGGAGCCAGGAGUUUGGGGCCGGUUUCCAUUCGCCUCUGGACCCACCAGGAGAGCAGAGGCAGGGCUUUGAGGAAGGUCAGCGGAGGCCACGGUCUGCCGCAACCUGGGCGUUCCCCGCGUUCCCGGGCGCGCUCUCUCUGUUCGCCCUCAUUCCCGAGGCUCGCUCCGGUAGCCGGCACCUCCUGCUCAGUCCCGAGGAAGCCAUGGCCAAGUCCAGGGGUCGUCUACACCUCUGGGUGUGCUUGGCUGCAGCGCUGGCAUCUUUCCUGGGUGGAUUUAUGGUGGGCUGGCUUAGUAAGCCUCUCAAAGAAACAGCCACUUCAGGGGACACUCACCAAAAUCUAAGGUGGAAACUGGUGUCUGAGAUGAAAGCUGAAAAUAUUAAAUCAUUUCUUCGUUCUUUUACAGAGCUACCUCAUCUGGCAGGAACAGAACAAAAUUUGCUGCUGGCCAAGAAAAUCCAAACCCAGUGGAAGAAAUCUGGACUUGAUUCAGCCAAGUUGGUUCAUUAUGAUGUUCUCCUGUCUUACCCUAAUGAGACAAAUGCCAACUACAUAUCAAUCACGGAUGAACAUGGAAAUGAGAUUUUCAAUACAUCAUACCAUGAGCCACCACCAGAUGGAUAUGAGGAUGUUAAAAAUAUUGUACCACCCUAUAAUGCCUUUUCACCGCAGGGCACACCAGAGGGGGAGCUUGUAUAUGUAAACUACGCUCGUACUGAAGACUUUUUCAAACUAGAAAGAGAGAUGAAUAUCAACUGCACUGGAAAAAUUGUUAUUGCAAGAUAUGGGAAAAUCUUCAGAGGAAAUAAAGUUAAAAAUGCCAUGUUAGGAAGAGCCAAAGGAAUCAUCUUGUACUCAGAUCCAGCUGACUACUCUGCCCCUGGGGUACAGCCAUACCCAAAAGGAUGGAACCUUCCUGGAACUGCAGCCCAGAGAGGGAAUGUGUUAAACUUGAAUGGUGCUGGUGACCCGCUCACUCCAGGCUAUCCAGCUAAAGAGUACACUUUCAGACUUGAUGUUGAAGAAGGAGUGGGAAUCCCUCAAAUCCCUGUACAUCCCAUUGGAUAUAAUGAUGCAGAAAUAUUAUUACGCUAUUUGGGAGGAACUGCUCCACCAGAUGAGAGCUGGAAGGGAAGUCUUAAGGUGAAUUAUAAUAUCGGGCCUGGCUUCAUAGGACAUGAUUCUUUCAGGAAGGUUAGAAUGCGUGUUCAUAACAUCAAUAAAAUCACAAGGAUUUACAAUGUAAUCGGAACUAUCAGAGGAUCUGUGGAACCUGACAGGUAUGUUAUUCUGGGAGGUCAUCGGGACUCCUGGGUAUUUGGAGGUAUUGACCCAACCAGUGGGGCUUCUGUUUUGCAAGAAGUUGUUCAGAGUUUUGGCAAACUGAUGAGUAGAGGCUGGAGACCAAGAAGAACUAUCAUUUUUGCCAGCUGGGAUGCAGAAGAAUUUGGACUUCUGGGUUCCACAGAAUGGGCUGAGGAGAAUGUAAAAUCACUUCAGGAGAGAAGCGUUGCUUAUAUCAACUCAGAUUCAUCUAUAGAAGGCAAUUAUACUCUCAGAGUUGACUGUACACCCCUUCUUUACCAAUUGGUGUAUAAACUGACAAAAGAGAUCUCCAGCCCGGAUGAUGGUUUUGAGAGUAAAUCUCUUUAUGAAAGCUGGUUAGAAAAGGACCCUUCAUCUGAAAAUAAAACUUUGCCUAGAAUCAACAAGCUGGGAUCUGGAAGUGAUUUUGAAGCUUAUUUUCAGAGACUUGGAAUUGCUUCAGGAAGAGUCCGGUACACUAAGAAUAGGAAAACAGAUAAUUACAGCAGCUAUCCAAUGUACCAUACAAUUUAUGAGACAUUUGAAUUGGUAGAGAAUUUUUAUGACCCCACGUUUAAAAAACAGCUUGCUGUAGCUCAGUUACGAGGAGCACUGGUUUAUGAGCUUGCAGACUCUAAAAUCAUUCCUUUCAACAUUCAAGACUAUGCAAAAUCUUUGGAAAACUAUGCAACAGGUAUCUACAGCUUAUCCAAGAAAUAUGACCAACAAUUAAGAGACCAUCAAGUAUCAUUUGAUUCCUUAUUUUCUGCUGUGAAAAACUUCUCAAAGUCUGCUUCCGAUUUUCAUAGAAGACUUUCACAAGUUGAUCUGAAUAACCCCACUGCAGUGAGAAUUAUGAAUGACCAACUGAUGUUCCUGGAAAGGGCAUUCAUCGAUCCCCUUGGUUUACCAGGGAGGCCAUUCUAUAGGCAUAUCAUCUUUGCUCCAAGCAGCCACAACAAAUAUGCUGGCGAAUCAUUUCCUGGCAUCUUUGAUUCUAUAUUUGAUAUUGAAAAUAAAGCAGAUCCUCGUUCAGCCUGGAAAGAAGUAAAGAAACACAUUUCAAUUGCAGCCUUUACAAUUCAAGCAGCAGCAGGGACUCUGAAAGAGUUGUUAUAGUAAGGUCUCAGCCAACUAGCUGCCAUUAAAAGUCUGAGGAUAAAAUCCGUCUUUCUUUCUGAUAACACAUGAAGCCAGAGCAUGCUAAAAUCUUGCUUGUCAUGUCAUGUUUUGACUUUAGACUUCCACCUUGUUCAUCUGCAAAGAGAUUUUUGGCCCUUUGAAAAUUCAUAACUUCAUCAUCAAAGUACUAAUCCAAUAAAACAAACCAAAAAACCUCUAGUCAUAUGGAGAAAGAGAUAAAGUAAGUGAAAGUUCCCUAAAAUAAAAUAUGGCAAGGAACUUGAACUCUUCAGACAUUGGUGGCCAGAAAGUGAAACAGUACAACCACUUUGGAAAACAGUCUGGCACCUUCUUAUAAAGUUAAAUAUAUACUUAUAUUAUAGCUCUAAAAUUCUACUUCUAGGUAUUUACUAAGGAAGAGCAAAAACAUGAUCACCAAAAGACUGUUGCAUGUUCAUCACAGCUUAAUGUGCAAAUAAUGCCAAUGCCCAUCAAUAAAUGAAUGGAUACAUUGUGGUAUAUUCACAAUGGAAUACUACUCAGCAAUAAAAACGAAAUAACUGCCGAUACAUGUAAUAUUAUUGGCAGACAUUAUUGAGGGAAAGAAGCCAGACACAAAAGAAUGCCUAGUAUGAGAUUCAAUUUAUAUGAAGAAGCAAAACUAAUCUAUGGUAUUAGGAAUUACAUCAGUGAUUGCUCGGGUCAAGUAAGGGGCAGGCAGGGAGGAAAUGUGCUACAAAGAGCAAAGUUUCUGGGAUGAUGGGAGUCUUCUGUAUCAUGAUCUGGAUGAUGGUUACACAGGAAUAUACAGUUGUCAAACUUCAUCAAACAGUAAACUUAAAAUGUGUAACAAUGAUACCUUAUAAAUAAAUUUGAUUACCAA